GCAACGCCUGUGAGUGGGGCACGGUGGUGAGGGGACGGAAGAAGGAGCCUCCACGGCCCGCCGUGGGCGCCCUCAAGGCGCCUUGCCGGGCCAGACCCAGCCUGACGUCACAGGAAGUGCGAGGGCCCCACCUGGACUAGGGAUCGGAAGUGGGCGUUGCCCGGGCGUGGCGGCGAGGCGAAGGCGGCGAGCGCGGCACCGCUGAGCGCUUGAAAUCAGCUCCUUCGUUUUCAGCAUGGAAGAUACCUACAUUGACUCCCUGGACCCUGAAAAGCUAUUACAGUGUCCCUAUGACAAAAACCACCAGAUCAGGGCCUGCAGGUUUCCUUAUCAUCUUAUCAAGUGCAGAAAGAAUCAUCCUGAUGUUGCAAACAAAUUGGCUACUUGUCCCUUCAAUGCUCGCCACCAGGUUCCUCGGGCCGAAAUCAGUCACCAUAUCUCAAGCUGUGAUGACAAGAGCUGUAUUGAGCAGGAUGUGGUCAACCAGACCAGGAACCUUGGACGAGAGAGACUGGCUGAGAGCACAUGGCAGUGCCCGCCAUGUGAUGAAGAUUGGGACAAAGAUUUGUGGGAACAAACUAGCACCCCGUUUGUCUGGGGCACAGCCAACUUCUGUGGCAACAACAGUUCUGCUAGCAACAUAGUUAUGGAACAUAAGAGCAACCUGGCUUCAGGCAUGCGAGUUCCCAAAUCUCUGCCGUAUGUUCUGCCAUGGAAAAACAAUGGAAAUGCACAGUAACUGAAUAUUUUUCUCAAAUGCCAGGACCUUGAAGACUUGCUUCUUUCUGCUACCCAAGAGUUCAUUUUUUUCUCCUUAUCUAAUUAGAGAAUGAUAAAAAUGGUCUGUGACUUUCAAACUGACAAAUGCCUUUUUUUCUCCACUCGAGUCCUCACUAAUAAGAACCCUCAUACUCAGAAGAACAUCUUCUAAAUAGCUUGUUUUAUAAUCCUCAGGACUGAAUAUUUCCAACAUGGAUUAGAUUUGUUUUAUUAGUCUCCCUACAUUCCAGCUAGAAAAUGUACUGGCUAUAGAACUAGGUAUGGACUAUGUAGGGAUAAAAACCGGAAUGAAGAAGAGGAACAGAUGUACAUGUAGAGAAGAAAGGUAAUCGUGCCACCUGUGUAAGAAAUCGGAUUAAACUUCAGAGUGUAAAUAUAUGGAG